AUGGAGAGAAAGAAGAACAAGAUAAUUUUUCCUUACUGGAUCAAGUGAGUACUAUUUUAUUCACUUUACGGGAUGGCCUUUUUGACUCAGAUUAUUUCAAAUGCAAUUACGUGUUUCCUUAAUGAAUUUGUAGCAAAUAUUGAUAAUACACUGUGCUUUUUCGACCGAGUACUGUGCACGAUGCUCGAAACAUUGUGCCUGACCAACUUCCGCUGUACUGGGCUCCAGUUUAGUGGAGUGGGCCCGAUAUGGCUAAUCAGGGAAUUGCCCUGUAAAAACUUGCAAUGUUGAGGAAAUACUUUCAAAGGUCAUUAUUAUUUCAUGUGAUUAUCUACUUGUCUCCAAAAUGCCUAAAAAGCAUAGAAAAAGUGAAGAAAACAGACUUUUUCAAACAACAAGGAUUCAGAUAAUCCUGGGCAAACGUCCUUGGGAUAGUACCGCAAUAUUCAUAUUUUUCUGUUAUUUCUCCUUUCCCUCUUUAAACAGUUCAGCGUUUUCAAAAUUUUCUUGCAGUUCUCCCUCCCCCCACCCUAUGCAAAGUUGAAACUCAGAAAAAAAUUAUGGAUACACGCGUCCAACAUUGUUUGUGGGGUGAGGAGAGGGACUGGACCUGUGUGAAUUGGAAAACGCCCCAGAAAAGCAAAAGUGUCCCAAGACUUUUGUCCAUGAUUGUAGGCCUUACUAUGGGAUCUGUGCGCUUUUCGUUGUACCUGCUCCUGUUAAGCCGUGUAUAUAGAUCGAACGCACGUGGGAGCCUGCCUACAGAUGUCCCGCCUGCUCUUAUUUAAACGACAGUGACGCGAACUUUUGCCAAGCCUGCGGUAAACCUACGUCGCCUGAGCUAACGUAAGGGGCCCGUUCAAAUGCAGACAUGCCUCUGAUCAACUUUUAAGCGCUUUACAGAAUUCCAAGAAUCGCUCAGAAACAAACCUUUUGAACGGCAAAAGGAUUCAUUAGAAGUUCAGCUAUCGAGUUUCUUACGCUCUCUUGUACACCCAAAGAAAUUUUCUGCUGCGAUCGCGGAAGACAUCGUAAAGUUUUUGAUUAGCAUUGAUGCCGCGGAAAAACAAAAACUCCAUAUAGGCUCAAGCUCUAGUAAGACCUGUAGUUGCCCUAAGCGUCUAGCGGCCGGAACUGUCGAUUCAUAUAUAGGAAAGCUUAGAUCGAUUUUCAAUAGGUUAGGCCGUACAGGGUUUUCUAACCCGUUAGCACAUCCUUGUGUUAAAGAAUAUCUUAUGUUUGUAAGAGAGGAGCAAGCUCAGUGACCUUUGUAACCUCGUCAGCAGGCUGUCUCUUUGUUCUAUGACAAAUUCACCCGUUUAAUUGCCUAUCUUCGCGGGCUUAUUGCCGAAGGCUCUGUGCUUACGUACUCCUCUCAAUAG